CGCGACGUCAGAAGCAGGGAGUGAAGGCUAGCUUGUUCGAGCAGUGUGCAGCUCUAACAUAUCGUCGUAAACAAACGCGAAAUACGUUUAAAGACGUGGUUUGUCGACCUGACACAGGAAAGUUGUUUUGCCAUGGUGCAGGGUUGGUGGGCGGUGCUCCGGAUGGUGUCCUCCCAGGGAACGGCUGCGCUGAAAUCAAAUGUACCUCGCACCGGAAGAGCUGCAGCGCCUUGGCACAGACCUGUCCUAUCCUGUUCUGUCCCAUCUACGACUGCCUGCUGUAGAGCUAUAUUCAGUGAGGCGCGAUACCUACAGUCUGCGGACAGAAUGCCUGAGAUAACCACAGACCACCUGGACCAGAAGCAGGUGCAGCUGCUGUCCGAGAUGUGCAUCCUCAUCGACGAGAACGACCGCAAGAUUGGAGCGGACACCAAGAAAAACUGCCACCUCAACUCCAACAUCGACAAAGGUUUAUUACACAGAGCUUUCAGCGUCUUCAUUUUCAACAGCGAAGAGAAGCUGCUCUUACAGCAGAGGUCUGACGCCAAAAUCACUUUUCCAGGCUGUUUCACAAACACAUGCUGCAGUCAUCCUUUACACACAGACAGUGAGCUGGAGGAGAAGGAUGCAAUAGGAGUAAGGAGAGCUGCUCAGAGGAGACUUGAAGCUGAACUGGGGAUCCCCAUGGAACAGGUGACACCAGAUGAAAUGACGUACCUGACAAGGAUCCACUACCGGGCCCAGUCCGACGGGGUGUGGGGAGAACAUGAGAUUGACUACAUCCUCUUCAUGCAAAAGGACGUGGAGUUGAGUCCAGACCCCAAUGAGAUCAAAAGCCACUGUUACGUGAGCAAGGAGGAGCUGAAGGAGAUGUUAGAGAAGGCCAAGCGCAAGGAACUGGAGAUCACACCCUGGUUCAGCCUCAUCGCAGAGACCUUCCUCUUCAAGUGGUGGAACAACCUGCACAGCCUCAAGCAGUUCAUAGAUCACACCAAGAUCCACCGCAUGUAACCACAACCAGGGACAGGCUCAGCCUCCAAUCAUUUCAAACCUUUGGUUGUUCUAGAAUUUGCUUGACAUACCAUGCCAGCUGAGCCGUUUGAGACCCCCAGACCCACUGAUGUCGGAAAAAUCACUGGCCACUCUUGUCGUGGUAGUAGUAAGUGUAGGACUUCAAUCAAAAGUGUAGGACUUCAACCAAAAGUUGAAGCAGAGAAUGUUCAUGUUUGCUUGAUGUUAAGAGGUGAUGUGGCUGCAGUAAGUUUGUAGCUCUGAGAGGCAUUCAUUUAACGCAAGCAAGAAGAGCUGGUAGGCAGACUCUUAGUGAGUAUUUAGAAAACAUAUACGUCAGGGAGUCAAUUCUGAUAAACUGCACACUGGAUUUACAGACGGAACAGAAGGAAAGACAUUUAUCCUUUUUAUUUGAUCAGGUAUAAACAUGCAUUAUCACUGACAACCCCGUAAAGAGAACAGCCUAUUUUUUUAAAAACACUUUAAGUGCCUGAGUGCAGGUCCUUAGUUUGAGAUGAAUAAGCACUUAUGUGACAUCACAUCACAACAACCACUGUCACUCUGUAUGCUGACGAUGUCAGUGAACAAGCUGUAUCUUUGUACCCUUUUACACAAUAAAGUGUUUGAUUAUGGUCA